AUGGGCCUCGACCGCAUGCCACGCGCUCGAGGCGAGCGCAGUGUGUGUGUCUAUGUGCCGUGCACACGUGGGCUGUUUGAGGACCCGUUUCGUCGUCGCCGCCUCCGCAGCCAUUUCGUGUGUGACCCAGCGUCACCAUAUGCCAUUCCUGUCGCCAGAGACGCUCGACGUGUGCUUGAAAUGGUGACGUGUGUUCGCCCUAGGUGUGUCUGUGUGUGCAGCAAGAAGCUUGCCGUGACCGUCGUCUCAUGCUGGGGGCUGUUCAACGGACCUCAUGCGAUGCGCUCCGGCAAGAUCGCGGAACGAGAGCCGCUGGAGACCGGUACCCAAGUGCCAGACAGGGGCUACGUUGCCGGCUGUGGAGAUGCUCGCUACAGCACCGGCGGUCCUGCGAGAGAGGCGACGCUGACGGCAGGCUCCGCCAUCUGCAGGUAA